AGAGGCUAUUCGCAGCAAUCAUUAGGAUUACCUGGAAGGCCAAAAAAGAUUUUGCAUUAAGAUUCGCCGAUAUUGAUAUCCACAAGGAGGAGGUGGACCGGCGCGCAUCGCCAACUUCUGCAUCUGGGUCUGCUCCCAUGCUUGUUGAGGAGGAACGUGAAGAAACUAAGACUAAAGAAGAUCUUGGAGGAAGUGCGGGCGCCUCUCCUCUACUUCCUACUGAUCAACAGCAACAAGCUGCGGAACAAUUGCAGCAGAGCAAGGAGCAAGCCAGAAGAUACGCGACACGGCAAAAUGCAAGGAAGGAAUUUAGCAACCACGACAACUUUGAGAAAAUCAAGGAGAUUCUGCCCGCAUUGCUCGCGUACAGGAAAUCGAGACCGAGUUUUCGCGAUCUGGAAACUAUGCAGUGGUCGCACGUUGAUCCCUUGUCGGCGCAGAUACUCUCCAGCGAAGAAAAUGCUGAAGGUUCAAGGUCAUCAACGAGCAGCAGUUCCGACAAGAAAAAUGCCCUGGAAGUUGGUCUGCGGAUGUUCAGGACUUGGUUGUAUUCGGAAGAUAUCCAGAGCUGCAACGGUUUGGUUUUCACCGGACCGCAAGGAGCCGACCCUAGAAUCGCCUACGCCACAAAGGACUCCGCUCUAGAUCAUGGGGCCUCUGGUUCUCCUGCGAGUACAAUUAUGCACAACCUCGCGGCUUCCAUUCCAAGAUCAAAGGAGAAGUGGAACCCCCUAAUCCGCAUGUUCUGCGAGUUAGCGGCUGUAGAUCUAUCCUUACCUGUCGUCGCAUCAGUGCAUGUUCUGACGAAGAAUUACGUUUUUAUCCGGGAGGAGACGGACCGGGGGAAUGACGAAGCAGUGUACUUCCACAGACAUGCUCGAACCGGGAAAAGACUUCCACGGACACUUCUGGGUCUUGUUCGCAUGCACCGGGAGGACGUUUUUCAGCAAUGGCUUCACUUGGUCAAUGCUUUGAAAGACAAUAAAGUAGUACUUGCAAUAAAUCAUAAUCAUUUCUCCUCGGGGGCAAGCUCAGCUACAACUACAAGCGCAAGUGCAGCAAGCACAGGCGCAACAACAAGUGCAACUAGUACAAGUCGUUCUUCUUCCGACGUUUGGGACCUCGUUCUCUACCCGGAUCAAUUACAGAAAGCGCUGAUGGAGAUGGG